AUGAAAAGCAUUGCUGUACUUUUAUUUGCAUUCCUUCUUGGUUGCGUUAUUGCCCAAGCUAAGAAGAAUACCCAACCAGUCAACCCAAAUGGUUCUCUCGUUCAAGUUCAAAUUAUUUCUAGACAUUGUGAUAGACUUCCAAGUGCUUCAUCAAAGAUUCCAGCCGACCCAAUUGAUUGGCAAUUGGUUUCUGGUUUGGCACUUGGUGAUUUGACUGGUUUAGGUCAACAACAAUGUAGAGAAUUGGGUGAACAUUUACGUGAAAGAUAUUUGAGCGAAGAUGCUUCUAGUAGAAUUUCUGGAAUUACUGCCAAUUACAAUGCUUCAAUGUUCUCAUUCAGAUCUACUAAUUUUGAUCGUGCUUUGAAUUCCAUGCAAACUAUUGCUUUAGGUUUGUUCCCUGAUAAGACAGGUGACAGAGCUACUGUUAAUUAUCUUGCUAAGAAUGAUAAGGGAAAGAAAAAGUGGGCUCUUCCACAUGGUCAACAAGCUGUUCCAAUUCACACUGUUGCUGAUGAUUAUGAAAAUUUAUUGUUGGGUUUCACUUAUUGUAACACUGUUCAAAAGAGAUAUAACACUGCUUUUGGUACUAAGGCUUUGGCUUAUUUGAAUGCUAAUAGAACUUUUGUUAAUCAAUUGUACACUGCUACUGGUUGGACAACUGGUGAUUUGACUAUUUCCACUUUGAUUGAUUUGUUGAUUGUUCAAAAGGCUCACAAUAUGUUGAAUAUCAAGUGGGUUAAUGAUAACUGGACUCAAGUUCUUAAAAUGAGAGAUGACGUCUUGUCAUUGUUAUAUAGUUAUGAUGUUAUGGGUAAGGAAGGAUCAAGUGUUUUGAUUCAAACUUUGAUUGAAAACAUGAACUCAUUGAAUAAGAAGUAUAUUCACUACUCUGCUCACGAUUCUACUCUUCAAGCUCUUACUGGUUCAUUGAAAUUGAAUCAAGAUUCUGAUUAUGCCUUCUUGGGUGGUCAACCAAAUUAUGGAGCUCACAUUGUUGCUGAAUUGUAUCAAACUGCUGCUGGUAACAAGACUGUUCGUUUCAUGCAUGGUAAUCAAUUCGAUUCUACUUCAUUGACUCCUUUGAUUUUGAAGAAUUUGGGUUGUCAAACUGAAUAUUGUCCAUUGGAAACUUUCACUCAAUUGACUUCUCAAUACUCCACCACAACCAAUUGGUGUGUUGAUUGUGCCAAUAAGGGUAAGGUUGUUUGUGCUCCAUACUUUUUGAGUGUUGUUACUCCAUGUACAACUUCAACCAACUAA